CUUCGGGUCCGCAUCCAACGAUACCACGGCGUCGCGCAGUGGAGUUGGAACGCCAACGACGAAGUGUGUGGUAUUUGUCAAACCGCCUUUGAAGGCACGGCACCCAACAUCAAGUACCCCGGCGAAGACUGUCCCGUCGUUUGGGGCAAGUGCGGACACGCCUAUCAUUUACAGUGUCUCACUACCUGGCUCCAACAACCCACCAGUAAAAACUCCUGUCCCAUGUGUCGGCAAGAAUGGGAAUUU